AUGGCGUCGCAAGAUUGCGAGGCAGCAGCGUCGUCGAGGGCGGCAGCGGAGGAGCAGAAGACGGUGAGGGUGGCGGCGUCGUCGAGGGCGAAGAAGAAGGAGCAGAAGACGGUGAGGGUGGCGGCGUCGUCGUCGAGGGCGGAGAAGGAGGAGCAGAAGGAGGAGCGGAGGACUGUGAGGGUGACGAGCAACGACGGGGAGGAGUUCGAGAUGGAUGAGGCGGUGGCGCGGGGGUCGGUAAUGCUGCGGCAUAUGAUGGAGCUCGGCAUCGCCUUGGACGGCGUCACGCUGCCGAUAGUGAGCGGCGAGAUCCUCGCGUUGGCGGUCUCGUACCUCAGGUUCCACCGCGACUAUGACGACGGCGGCUCUGGCUAUGGCUAUGGCUAUAGCUAUGGCUAUCACAGCGAAAGUGAAGACACAGCACUCACGAAUUUCGAUAGAGACCUCGUCAAGCAACUCGACCAAGCCACCCUCCUCGAUCUCCUCGCUAAAUCUGGCAACUAA